AACCCCGCCUCCCAUUUUCCUCUACAUCAUGAUAAAUUCAUAUCACUUCCCUUCCAUUCUCCACCACAUUCAAACCCCAUAAAAGAAAACCCCCUUUUUUUUCUCCAUUUCUCACUAAAAAGAUUAUAUCUUUUUGUAUAUUCUUUGUUAGCUUUCAUUUCAUUGGAGCAUCAAUGGCGGAUUCAAAGAGGUACAUUUCCAAAACAGAGCUUGAAACCCACAAAAAACCAGAUGAUCUUUGGAUCUCAAUCCAAGGCAAGAUCUAUAAUGUAACUCAAUGGAGUCACCACCACCCUGGUGGGCCACUUCCAUUACUGAACCUCGCCGGUCAAGACGCCACCGAUGCUUUCAUAGCUUAUCAUCCCGGCAUAGCUUGGCAAUAUCUCGACAAGUUCUUCACUGGUUAUUACCUUGAAGGUUACUUAGUCUCUGAUAUAUCCGAAGAUUAUAGAAAGCUAGCUGUUGAGUUCUCAAAGAUGGGUCUUUUCGACAAGAAAGGACACGGGACAUGUAUUUUACUUACCAUCAUAGCAUUGCUGUUUUUCACUUGUGUUUAUGGUGUUUUGUGUUGUGACAAAACUUGGGUUCAUCUCUGUUGUGGUGGGUUAAUGGGGUUUUUAUGGAUACAGAGUGGUUGGAUAGGACAUGAUUCAGGACAUUACACUGUCAUGUCUAAUAAAAACCUCAACAGGUUGGCUCAACUUCUUACAGGGAAUUGUCUUGCUGGGAUCAGCAUGGGAUGGUGGAAAUGGACACAUAAUGCUCACCAUAUUGCCUGUAACAGCUUAGAUUUUGAUCCAGACCUUCAACACAUGCCUUUCUUCACGGUAUCUUCAAAGUUCUUUAAUUCAAUCACAUCUGCAUUUUAUGGUAGAAAACUGAACUUUGAUUCUCUUACAAGGCUUUUAGUUAGUUACCAACAUUGCACAUUUUACCCUGUCAUGUGCUUUGCUAGGAUCAACCUAUUUGCACAAUCUAUCAUCUUGUUGUUGUCUAAAAGAAAAGUCCCUAACAAAGGUCAAGAAAUUUUUGGGAUACUUGUUUUUUGGACAUGGUAUCCAUUACUCGUCUCUUUCUUACCUAAUUGGUACGAAAGAGUAAUGUUUGUGGUUGUAAGUUUUGCUGUGACCGGUAUCCAACAUGUUCAGUUCUGUUUGAACCAUUUCUCGUCGAGUGUUUACGUCGGCCCGCCGAACGGGAAUGAUUGGUUCGAGAAACAAACCGACGGGACGCUUAAUAUAUUGUGUUCGUCUUGGAUGGAUUGGUUCUAUGGUGGGUUGCAAUUCCAAGUUGAGCAUCAUUUGUUCCCGAGGUUGCCUAGGUGCCAUUUACGGACAAUUUCACCAUUUGUUAAGGAGUUGUGUAAGAAACACAAUUUGGCUUACAAUUGUGCUUCUUUUUGGAAAGCUAAUGCAAUGACAAUUGAGACGCUUAAAUCAGCUGCAUUACAAGCUAGGGUUCUUACCAAUGCUGUUCCAAAGAACUUGGUGUGGGAAGCUGUCAACACACAUGGGUGACAACUAUUUUAUGAAUAUGCUUAUUAUUAUUAUUAUUGCCAUAAAUUUUUAUGUCUGUAAUGUUGACAUCCAUAUAUUUGAGUAUUAAGUUUGUUGUCUUGAAUGGCUGUAAAUUUGUUGUUUCAUUCAAACAUGGUUUUGGUUUUCCACCA